UAAAGUCAAUUCGAGUAAUUUGUCUCGUUUCUACACUAGCAGCGUUUAGCCGUUCGGUUUCAGAAAAGAUAAAAGAUACGUCAAACAUUCGAAAAUGAAACAAUCUUCGGGAGUAUCGUCUUGUUUACCAGUAUCGGCGAAGAUGUCGAAGGCAAAGAAAGUGCUAGAUGAAGCGCGUGAAACGCAAAAUCGUGAGUUAGAUUUGGUGGACAAGAGCGUUUCCUCAUUCGAGGAAUUGCCCGGAUUGUUCAACAUGCUCAACAUCACCCGCAUCACGCUGAGCCACAAUAAAAUCUCCAUCGUACCACCUGGCAUAGCCAAUCUCUCCAACUUGGAAAUUCUAACAUUAGCGAACAACCAGAUUCAGGAGCUGCCAGUUUCUCUAUCAUCCAUGCCAAAACUUCGUAUCCUGAAUGUGUCAAUAAAUCGCAUUAGUUCACUUCCACGAGGUUUUGGUGCUUUCCCUGCCUUGGAAAUUCUUGAUCUCUCCUACAACAAUUUGAACGAGAAAAAUCUGCCCGGGAACUUCUUCAUGAUCGAGACACUCCGCGCACUUUACUUGGGAGAUAAUGAUUUUGAAUUUUUGCCGCCUGAAGUUAAAAAUUUGAAGAAUUUGGAAAUAUUGGGUUUGCGAGAUAAUGAUCUGUUGGAUAUCCCACGUGAAAUUGGAGAGCUGACAAGAUUAAGAGAAUUGCAUAUUCAGAACAAUCGUCUCACCGUGUUGCCUCCCGAAGUUGCAAACUUGGACUUGUUGGGCAGCAAAUCCGUGAUGAAGAUGGAAGAAAAUCCUUGGGUAACGCCGAUAAUGGAACAGUAUUUGUUGGGUAUCAGCCAUGUUUUGGACUACAUAAAAACGGACACAUACAAAGUGCUAUAUAACCGACACAUGCACGCUGGUCGUAGUGGACCGCCACCACCAAAAGUGGACAAGAGCAAGAAAGCGUCCAGAAACUGGGCUUAAAACCAAAGUGCAAUAACCAUCCUGGCCAAACUGACCGGUAUUUUAUACGAAAAUUUUGCUAGCUUCUACUAAAAUACACUAAGUUCUUAAUAAUGUGCCUUGAAUAGAAAGAAGGAUUUAUUUUAAAAUUGAUGACUAUUAUGUAUUUAUAUUCUUAAUACUUUUUAUUCAUAGUCAAAAUCUAUUGUACACAAUACUAAUAAGUUUUAAUAAAAGUUUACCGAGAACCGAGA